AUGAGUGAAAGGAAAAGAGAAUAUCCCAAUGGAGCUAUGAAAAGAAAAAGUAAACAGAAAAGGGAGGAGCAACCAGCUUCUGUGAGUGAUUUAGAUUGCAAUGAUUCUUCUGAAGCACAUUCGCCAUUAGAUGUCCAUCCGGAAUUAGAAGAAACCCAAGUCGAUGAUUCUAAAAAGUCUAAAGAAUUUUAUAAUAUAAUUUCGGCAGAUAGAGGAAAUUUUGGUGACAGUCCAACUGAAUGCGAACGAAAAAUAAUUUUUAAUUUGGGUCCAUUUAAACCGCAAGGACCGUUUCCAAAAGAUUCAGAAACAAAGCGAUGUUUUUCGGCCUAUCAUUACUCAUAUUUAAAUAAGGCUGGCAUAAAAAUUCCAAGAGCGUGGCUAUGUUAUUCUAAUGUUUUAAACAAGCCGUAUUGCCACUUCUGUUGGUUAUUAGCAGAUCGUCAAAGCAAAUCGUACUCCUCUGCAUGGGUUAACGGUGUUUCCGUUAGAAGUAAUUAUACGCUAUGUAUAUUUGACCAUGAAAACUCACAGCAGCAUAUUAAUGCAUCUCUGUCUUAUAAUAAUUGGUUACAAGGAAAUACCAUCGAUACUUCAUUGCAAAGUGAAAUCAAUAGUAAAACUACAUUCUGGAGAGAUGUAUUCUAUCGUAUAAUUAAUGUUAUAAUUACUUUAGCAUCAUGUAAUCUACCUUUAAGAGGCCAUGAUUCUGAUUCUGGAAAUUUUGUGUCAAUUUUAUGUUUACUAUCUAAUUAUGAUCCUAUUUUAAAAGAACUUCUUUUAAAACCGAAAGGCGAAAUAAAUUAUUUAAGCCCUACGAUUCAAAAUGAAGUUAUUAAUUUGCUUGGUACCGCAGUUAAGAAUAAUAUUAUUUUAGCAAUUAAAAAGCUCCAUUUCUGGCAAUUAUUUUGGAUACAACAAGACUUGUCAAAAAUUGACCAACUUUCCGUAGUUUUUCGAUACAUCUCGAUAACAGAAAAUGAUGAUAAUGUACCUAAAGAAUUAAAAAUCUGUGAGUCCUUUUUGGGGUUUAUAGCAGUAUCCGAUUCCUGUGCAGAAGGACUUAAAAUUGAAAUUUUAAAUACGAUUAAAGAAUAUGGAAUUGAUUUGUCUAAAUGUAGAGGACAGGGUUACGAUGGAGCAAAUGUUAUGUCGGGUUUAUAUGGAGGAUUACAAGCCCUUAUAAAAGAGCAUGCUCCUAAUGCUGAUUAUGUUCAUUGUGCUGCACACGCAUUAAAUUUAAUUUUAAACGAUGCUGCGAAACGUGUUAUUGAAGUAUCGACUUUUUUCAAUAAUUUAGAAAAAAUAUAUACUUUUUUUAGCAAUAGUAUAAAACGCUGGACAAUGUUGAGUAACGAUUCAUCUCAAAAAUAUAAAAUUACCCUUAAAAAGGUAUGUCCUACUAGAUGGUCUUCAAAGAAUGACGCUUUAUUAGCGGUAUAA